GUGCCGGAAACAUGUGUUUGCAGCGCUUUGGGCGGGAGGCUUGUCAUUCUGACAGACGUGAUUCUGCGGCUGUGUUGCAGUUCUGCUGCUGGGAAAGAAAGCUAAUGCAUCAACAAAGGCUCCAUUAGGGGUCUAGGAGGUCAUUCGGACAGGUGGAUGAGAGCAAAGAUGGUUCAGAUAAUCGUUUCAAGUGUGCAGGGGAGCGGGCCUGAGGAGUGCCUGCUUGUGGAGCUGCAGGGGGAGGUGGUGUCCAGGCAGAACACGGGUCUGCCUGAGAGUCUGAUGGGAGACCUGCACUACACCAAGGAGGGCAUCCCCGUGCUCAUCGUGGGACACCACAUACUGUAUGGGAAGCAGGUGAAGCUGGAGAAACCCUUCGCCGUUCUGAAGAAGCACUCCGGCCUGCCGCAGGCAGAUCAGGUCUCCAUGGAGACAGGCGAGGAGAAGCCCACCUCAUACUCUGUCUCUGCCCUCAUAAAGAAAAAGCUCAUCUUCAAGACCCGCCCCAAACCCAUCAUCACCAACGUGCCCAAGAAAGUGUAAUCCCGCCCAAAAGACUGUCUGCCCCGCCCCUCCUCUGCAUGACUGACAGGGUCACAGGAGAAGCCUACCUCUGAGGAUGUGCCUGAGUCCUGAAAACUAUUUGACCUUUUGUGGGCUGUCUAGAUACCCUGGGGGCAUGGAACAAAUGCUGGGGCUCAUCUGAGUUGAUAUAAAACGUGAUUGUUUGCUGUUGGAAGCACACCCCUGAAGCUCAAGGGAAAUUUGUCAACUAUGUCUCUAUGGAAAAGUCGACUACUGUCUGAAUUUACAUGUAUAUAAUAAAUUAAGCUAAAUGUU